UCUUGUUCAUUUCGCAGGCGGCUCCAUGGGAAGUGAUGGAGGCUGUGAAGGUGGCAAUAGACGCGGGGUAUCGGCACUUCGACUGUGCCUACUUGUACCGCAGCGAGAGUGCAGUUGGAGCAGGGAUCUUGUGGAAGAUCAAGGAGGGCGUGGUGAAGAGGGAGGACCUGUUCGUUGCCAGUAAGCUCUGGUGCACCUUCCAUAAGAAGUCCCGGGUGAAAUUAGCAUGUACCCAGAGUCUCAAUGCCUUGAAGCUGAGCUACUUGGACCUCUACCUCAUACACUGGCCCAUGGGUUUCAAGUCUGGGAAAAAAGACGUGCCCGUGGACCACAGUGGCAUGAUUAUACCCAGUAACACGGACUUCCUGGACACGUGGGAGGCCAUGGAGGACCUGGUGGUUGCGGGGCUGGUGAAAGACAUCGGGGUGUCCAACUUCAGCCACGAGCAGCUUCAGAGAAUUUUGGAUAAACCCAACCUGAGGUUCAAGCCAGUGACUAACCAGAUCGAGUGCCACCCGCAUCUUACUCAGAACAACCUCAUCCGUUAUUGCCAGUCCAGAGGUGUGUCUGUGACUGCUUACCUGCCUCUUGGUGGUUCCAGAGAGGGGGUGGACCUGAUGGACGACCCCGUGAUUCAGAGGAUGGCACAGAAGUACAACAAGUCUGCAGCUCAGAUUUUGAUCCGAUUUCAGAUCCAAAGGAAUGUGAUAGUGAUUCCCAAGUCCAUCACCCCAAAGUGGAUUCUCGAGAACAUCCAGGAAAGUGUGUUUGAUUUUGAAUUAUCAGAAGAGGAUAUGAAUGUCCUCCUCAGCCUGAACAGAAAUCUCCGAUUGGCAAGGUUCCCCAUGUAAAUAUGGCUCCUUUACUACUUUCGGAAAAUUCAGAUUCAAUGAUUGGUUC